AUGACCAAUUCGAGUGAAUCAAUCUAUUUUGAUGAGGUUAUAGGUCAUAUCGAGAGUCUCGUAAUGGAAGACGAAAGAUUUCAGAACAUCUUGAAUCAAUUUCUUGAAGAAUAUUACGAUCAAUUUGACGACAAUGAGGAAAAUAAAAUAGAGUACAUGGAAAUCCAUCAAUUAUAUACUUGUGCUUUGGAAAACUUCUUAGUUAACAGUCUCAAUCAACGAAUGGGUUACUUCGACAUGGAUAGAUUCGCGUCAGAAUUAGAAGGAAAAAAAGGAACACUCGAUGGAGAGAUUUUUGACUUCCUCUAUACGUUGAAUGACUUUAAUGCAUUUAAGGAGAUGUUCUUAGACUAUAAAAACUUUAAGCAAGGUAACUGCAUCGAUUUGUCAUCUGGAAUUUCUGUAAUCAGCUACAAUAAUCAGAUGUGA